GCAAGUUUGCACACAAAUUUCACACGUAAAAGUAUUUUAUUUUAUUUUGAAUGUGAAAUUAAUUUUGGUAUUUAAAGAGAAAAGUAAGCAGUGUUUAAGUGAUUUAGAACGAGUAUGAUGACAUAGAGCACCAUCUCACAAUAAAAUAAAGACUAAGAACACAUUUUCAAAUUUGGCGGGGUUUAAGGGAUGCACUGCGCAGCGCGUCGAUGUCCUUGGCUCGCCAAGAUAUUUGAUAUGGAUUAAAGGUAUUCAUCAUGUUGGCGGCUGCUCUGAUACUCGUGGUGCUCGUCGCCCUGUACCUGCACGGUACAAAAACAUUCAGAUAUUGGGAGAAGAGAGGAAUCAAAUAUGAAAAACCCGUGCCAUUUAUAGGCACCUACUUACCGGUGAUGUUCAGAGUGAAGAGCAUGGCACAACUAGCUGUUGACUUGUACUGGAAAUAUCCCAACAAAAGAGUCGUAGGUUGCUAUAGACUAAUGCGACCGGAACUAGUGGUUAGAGAUCCAGUACUUGUAAAACAAAUUCUUGUAACAGAUUUCGUCUAUUUUAAUGAAAGAGGUUUCAACACACAUAAAACUUACAUAGAACCACUAUCGAAAAAUCUGUUCUUCAUUGAUGGUGACAUUUGGAAGCUCUUACGACAACGCAUGACGCCCGCAUUUACAAGUGGAAAGAUAAGAGCGAUGUUUCCACUUAUCGUAGAAAGAGCUGAGCGGUUACAGAACAAUGCAAUAAAUGUACCGUCAACUGGAGGAGUGCUGGACGCGCGGGAAAUAAUGGCGCGCUACACUACCGACUUCAUCGGAGCUGUCGGGUUCGGUCUAGAUUCAAAUUCACUCAUUGAAGAAGACUCAGCAUUUAGAAAACUCGGUGCUGAAAUUUUCAAGUUUACCAUUAGUCAAGCAGCAAAACAAUUGCUCAAGGAGUUUUUUCCUGAAACAUUCAAAAACAUAAAAAUAAUGUCGAAAAUAGAAGAUGAUGUAUUCGUACUAGUACGAAAUAUACUUCAAAAAAGAAACAACAAACCGAGUGGAAGAAAUGACUUUAUCGACCUAUUGCUUGAAUGCAAGGAAAGGGGAAACAUGGUAGGAGAUUCUAUAGAAAUGACAAACGCUGAUGGUACACCUAAAGAAGUAUCGAUAGAACUAUCAGAAGCUCUAAUGGUUGCUCAAGUGUUUGUGUUCUUUGCUGCUGGCUUCGAGACAUCUGCUUCCUCUACAAGUUAUACUCUACAUGAACUGGCUUAUCAUCCAGAAGAGCUAGUAAAAGUACAACAGGAAAUCGAUAGAGUUUUAGCAAACUACAACUAUAAGCUAUGUUAUGAUGCAAUUUAUGAAAUGAAUUAUUUGCAAUGCGCUUUUAAAGAAGGAAUCCGUAUUAUGCCAUCGUUAGGUUACUUGCAAAGAAAAUGUGCUCGUCGAUACACAUUUAAAGAUUUGGACCUGUCAAUAGACGAAGGGGUUUCGAUAGUAAUUCCUCUACAAGCUAUGCACAAAGACCCCGCAUAUUUUUACGAUCCAGAUUCAUUCCGGCCGGAGCGUUUCCAGACAGACUUUAUCAACCCUAUGACGAAACAAAUCUUUUUGCCCUUUGGGGACGGCCCUCGAGCAUGCAUUGGUGAGCGAUUGGGUAAAAUGCAGUCUCUGGCGGGUCUAGCGGCGGUGCUGUCGCGCUACUCGGUUGAACCCGCGCCGGAAUCGUUGCGCCAUCCAAAAAUUGAUCCCACAUCGAAUAUAGUGCAGGCCGUCAUCGGUGGUAUACCUUUGUUGUUCCGUCCAAGGACUGCGUAACAGCGCCUAAUGCCAGUUAUAAGAAAUUUGUCAAAUUAUGUUUUCACCAAGUAAUCUAGAAUGAAAAUAGGUGUAAAUAUAAGUAUUCUUAUUACUUUUCUAGAAAAAGAACUUAAAACCGAUGUAAAAAAAACUACAAAGUCUCAUCAAGUUGUGUGCGAGCAUACAAAGGUUAUUUUUUAUUUUGAUAAGGCGGCAUACGAGCGAUCGGCCACCUGUUAUUUCCAAAAAAGCGAAGUGACCGCUACUCAUAGAUAUCCGCAAUUACAGAUGCGUUACCUUCCCAUCCUUUCCUUAUAAGAAAAGAAAAGAAAAGAAACGGAAGGGAAAGGGACUUAAAUUAGGCUUCCGUAAACUUCUUUUCAGGAUAGAUCACCAUUCUAAGUGUGAAAUCACACUUUUCAUAAACAUGCAACAAACUCUUAUCUAAGAUAACGACAUGACUACAAACAGUCAAAGUCCAUAUUCCAAACACUGGACUUUGUCCCUUCGUAUCUAUUAUCUACAGUUUAAUUUAUUUCGCAAUGUUUUUUACAUUUUUCGUAAUAAAGAUAUUGACAUGAUGAGUACUAUUUUAUUAUACCUGAUUCACAAAAA